AUGGCCCACACGCCUAAUCCCCCUGUCCAAGGCCGUCUCAUCAGCCAUCUUGCUGAAAGGUCAGCGGAAGACCAAGGCUCAGGCUGGUCCGCACUCUGGGACUCCAAUGAAAGCGAUCUCUGGGAUAGAGGGAGUCCCUCAAUCGCAUUAGUCGAUGUAAUAGAGCAGCAGAAAGAUAUCUUCUCUCCCUUUACCCCCGAUAGACGGAGAAAGAGAGCCCUUGUUCCGGGCUGCGGAAGAGGUUACGACCCCGUCAUGCUAGCACUGCAUGGAUUCGACGUCUACGGCCUCGAUAUAUCCGCAACUGGCGUUUCAGAGGCGAGGAAGUAUGCCUCUUCGGAGAUGCAGAGUCCACAGGGGUAUAAUUUCUCCUCUGGAACUGCGAAAGCUGCCAAUAUAGGGAAUGUAAAAUUUAUUGCCGGCGACUUCUUCAGCUCAGAAUGGGAGAGUGAAGCUCUGCGUGAUGGGGAGAAAUUUGACUUAAUCUAUGAUUAUACUUUUCUAUGCGCUCUCCACCCCUCCGUCCGUCAGAAAUGGGCCGAGCGUAUGAGCCACCUCCUCCAUCCGGGGGGCCUUCUUGUCUGUCUUGAGUUUCCCAUGUACAAGGACCCUUCCUUGCCAGGACCACCAUGGGGACUGAAGGGUGUCCACUGGGAUCUGCUCGCACGCGGCGGCGACGGGAUCCGUAAUAUUGCUGAAGAGGAAGAAGACGACGCAAAAGCUGCCAAGUUGACGGGACAGUUUCGGCGAGCGCACUACUUUAGGCCUGCACGGUCGUAUCCCAGCGGAAAAGGGACAGAUAUGUUAACGUCGUGCCCAACGAGCGCUUCAUUUUGGGAUUAUCCUGCCUGCUCAGCUGCAGGGAAGGUUGCACAUCGCCCUGCAAUUGUCUUCAAUUGUGCCAACGAACAUACGUCUCUAAUCACCUACCCCGUGGAUAAUCUGACUGCUGUUCCGGACCUGGCUGCCGUAUUGGAGGGUGAUUUGACCGACUGGGUCUCCCGCACGGCUAACUCGACGCUUCCCCGCAACCAGCAGAACAUUCCAGUGUACCGCUACCAGCAUGCCGGACAGUACCCAAAUCUGAACCCAUUUCGAUGGCUUGGCGCUUACCAUGCGAGUGAUUUGCCAAUGAACGUUGGCUCCUAUCCUAUCCAUGAUUGCUCGGAUGGGAGCCUGUUAAUUCCUCAAUUACCUCUGGUGGCAAAGGUGCUUCGCUUCGGGGCUGAUGGCAAGGCGGUUCAGCAGGUGGAUCGUGUUGAGAUUGACGGACCGUGCCGCGGCAUUAGGAAAUACGACCAGUUCCCAUAA